GGCAAAGAAACGUUUUUAAAUAUUUUUGAAAAUGUUUUUCAACCUAGAAACUAACACAAAAACUGGUAAAGAACUAAAUUGUUUAGUUUUGUUUGAAAUACGAAAAAGUAAAUAGAAAACAAAACAAGUCUUCAUAAUAAGCCACUAGCCAGUGAAAGGUGCACCCAAGCUUUCGGCGAGAGUGCAGUGUUUAUAAGUAUUAGUACAAAUUUCAAUGUAGUAAUAAUCCUAAACAACUAAUAUAUAAAAAAAAGUUAAUGUAUAAUUGUGAAAAAUAGUUAAUAGUGGCAGAAUCAAUCUGAACUGAGAUGAAGUUAAAGGACAACAUGGUAGAUGUGUACGGGAACGCUACAGCGUUUUACUACGCUGUGCUGCUAACGAUUAAUAUAACUUUGACUGCGGUGAUGCUAAUGGUGGCGUGUCUCUGGUGCAAACGUCAAGCAACAAAAGAUGAUCUUGGUGGAUUAGAGGGCAUGGUUAAAAUGACAAACCCUGAUGAUAUAGUGGUAGUAAAAGUGGCACCGACUAGUGAGUCACAUACGGAUUUGACAGUUUCUGGGAUUUCCAAUACAGAUUCAGAAAAAAGGGCAAGUACUGCAGCUCAUCGAAGCUUGCCCGAUAUACCCGUUGUGGAUGGAAAUGGUGAUAACGGUUCUGAACUCUAUGAAACGGUGGCAGAUAAACGUCUUCUAGAAGAAGGGAAUGACAGAAAUAAUAGUCCGACACCGAGUCUUAAGAAGCAAACGAGUGUAUCUCAGCAUAGCUCCAUUAGCCAAGCUGAUGACGUUAGUUCUCCUUAUUCAAGAGUACGAAAUCCUCCGCAUGACUACGCCAAAGUUCGUAACACUGAACAUCCUUACGCGCAAGUGAAUCCCCCUUCAAGUUCCGCAGCUGCCGCCGCAGCGGCAGUGGUAGCCGCUGGCAAUAGCAAUAAUGCUAUCUACAGCAGUCAGCCGCCUCAAGUUAACGGCAGAAUUUCGCGAAACUCAAAUCACAGUAAUGCAUCGCAAAAUCUUAACGAUUCAGCACCACAAGUUGAAAUUCCAGCAGCAUCAGCCAUUGCUGGUAUGAUCUCUGCGAGUCAAGAUCUUCCCUACAUGACACCGCCUAUUACAAAUCAACAUUUUAGCGGCGAUUCCCAAGAUUCUUCAAAAGGUUACACCAGUAUCAGUGUACGUGAGCCAUUAGCCAAUAUACUCGCACAGCAACCGCUCAAACAAACACAACGGCUUGCAAAGCUAGUACGCGAUGCGAGUGAUUCACAUUAUGCCACCGUUUCCGAUGAUUCUGAUGAAACGUAUGCAGCAAUCGAAGAUCCGAACAUGCGCAAUAAUCCAAAUAUGCUGACGGACAUCUAUACCAGCGGUUCAGAGACUUAUGCACAAAUCCAGCCUAUGCAAAUGAAUUCAAUGGUUGUCUCUGUAGAAAUUAAUAAUGUUAGUAAUAAUAGUAGUACUCAUCCCAACGCUAACGCAAAUCAUGAAAACAAUGCACAAGCGGUAGAACACAAUAUAUUGUCUGCCUCGCAUCAUCAUAGUGGACACAAUCAAAUGAGACCUAUUUCCGAUCAUGCCACACCUAUACCACCACCUGUUGACAGCCUUCGUACUGCUCAAAAACACUCGAGACAAGCUUCUUCAUCGUCAAAUAAUAGUUCGUCGAUUUGCAAUUUAGGUUCGCCUAAACCAGAAAAACGACAAGCGAACUCACCACUGCCACCCACUCCUAAAUCGAAUAUCACAUCGGGACGCAGUUCGGUUAUAUCUGUGAUUGAAUGUGGUGGCGGCGGUGGUGGUGGUAUUGUGGGAGAACUGAAUUUAUGUGGUGUUUUAACGGCAGAUACGAACACAACUACAACUACUACUAAUGCUACAAGCACAAGCGCCGUUGACGGUUCACCUCAGAAGAAUAAAAGCAAAAGUCUGAGUCCGUCCAAGGAUAUCGAAGGCAUGUAUGCUAAGGUGAUGAAGAAAAAUAAAUUAUCGCACCACUCACCUUCCUCACAAAACAAUUCACCUGUAAUGACUCGUAAAUACGCCGACCAUACCGCCGUCUCCGGAGCUAGCCCUCUGGAUAUUGCUGCAGCUGAAUUAAUGGAAAUGCAUCGCGGCAAUGCAUUUACAAUGCAAAAUAACUCGUCCGAUAAUUGUCGCAUACGCAGCAAUAGUUAUGGUGCUAAGGAUCAUGGUUAUGAAACAAUACCAGCCGAUGGUAUGCAUCGAGCAACAGCACUGGAAAAUCGUAAAUCCGAUUGCUACACCAGCUUAAUGCAGAAAGAACGACCCAAAGAGAUCUUACAAAUAACUAAUCCACCUGCAGCUGAAAUAAAACCACCGUUAGAUACCGAUGUUAACAGCGAUAAACACUAUGAGACUAUAGCCGUGCCGCUUGACAUAACCAACAACAGCGAUCCCGGCUAUGAAACGCUCCGCAAGCAAACAAAACUAAUCACUCAAUCCGAUCCAGAUAAUGAGAAGAAAUCAUCUGACUACGAUCCCAAUUAUGAAGUACUUGAAGGUCCGAAAUCUGCUGGUCUCUCCGAUGAUGGCUAUGCUAAGAUCAAUGAGAAGAAACGUUUGGACAUCGAUGAAGAUUCUACGGAUGGCUAUAGUAAAGUAAAAGGCGAAGAUGGUGCCACUGGUGGUUAUAGCACAAUUGCCACGGAUGCCAAUCAUAAUUAUGCGAGCAUUGCCGAAACAAAGCAAGAAAUGAGUGGUGUAUCACCAGACACCGAAGAAUCUGAUCAUUAUGCGCGCAUUGCCGAAGCACCGCGAAUACCACAAUCAGCAUCAGAAUUGCCACUCGGUGCACUGCACAAACCAAUUGUUAAACUCACAGAGAAUUUGAGCGUGGUCUCGACUGGCACACAAGAUACGCUCGCAAUCACUUCCCCAUCAUCAAUUAAUUCAUCGCUAUUAGGUAAUAGUUCAACGCUGUCGUCAACCAACGCACUCACCGGCAGUAACAGUACCACCAGUACGGUGAGUUCGCGACAAACUCCUUCGACAUCGUCACAAUAUGAAUCACUAACAGGCAGCGAAACGGAUCCGAAUUAUGAAUCCGUAUGCUAUACAAAUACAGAACGUGAAAACUCCUAUGAGAGGCUACAAACUGAAUACACUGAUACGCAAUUGAGCAGUAGCAGUCCGAUGACACCAGACGAGCUACACCACCAACAACAGCACCAGCAGCAGAAACUCACAAACAGCAUGCCUGGGCAUGCAAACAAUGCUCAAGCAAAAUUAACUGAUGACAACAGCACCAGUGGCUCGUUCGCAACCACGGCCACAGCCACAGCCACAAGUUCCAAUGCAACCACGACAACAACUAUGGUAGAGACGGUACUUUCAAAAAUCACACCAACAGCAAACGGGUUAGUAACAGCGCCACACGCUAAAGCGGGGCUGACAAUAAAUAAAGUGCAAAAUACCAGUGAGCUGAUAGCCGCAGCAGAUGUAGUGGUCGAUGAUUAUUUUCAAGUUUAGUUAAUUAAUUAGUGUGUAGGUAAUUGAGCUAAGAGCACAUUUUUUGCUAGGACUUACUAAAUAUAUAAUAUAUAAAAAUAUUUAUUAUUAUAAUGAUAUGAAAGCGUUUACAAAAUAUGAAGAAGCAUUUUUAUAUGUAAAAACAUAUAUGUAUCUUUAUAUAUGUAUGUAGUUAUGCAUACUUGCAUGUUUCAAAUGUAUAAGACAGCAAAGCUGAUGUUGCUUUAAAUACGUAUAUCGCAUUAAUACAUUGUUGCUGUUGGCACAAGACUAUAUUUCAUACAGCGCUUGCCUCCAAUAAGUAGAUUUUGAUUAUUGUUUAUUUUUUUCAUUAUUAGAAUUAACUAGUAGUACAUAUCAUUGAGUGUGACAUUAAUGUAAUAUAUGUAUAUAGAUCGCGUACAUAUAUUUUUGCAUAUAAAUAUUUUUAAGAUAAAAUAUAGGCGAAGCCUUUAGGUCUACCAAAAUUAUUUGCGCAGCUUUUGAAAGUUUUAUUUAAAACAUUUUUUUCGUUUACUCGGCGCUGGCCUUAACUCACAAAGGGCCCUUUUUAAGGGGCACACCUAGUGUAAUGGUCUAAAAAAAAUAGGUGAUUUUUCGGAAUUUUUAUUAAAAAAUAUCA